CGUCUCGCCCGGGAGAGGGAAAGAAAAAGAGAGAAAGAGAGAAGAAUUUUGUAGCUUAGAGUGAAAUAGAAUAUCUGCGCAAGAGGAAGAAAGUAUAACGGGCUGGUAUAGGAAGCGCGAAAGAUAGAGCGAAAAGAGGGAGCGAGAGAUAUACAACGAGGGACACGGAGGUGCUUGCACACGGGGCGGGCCUGCCAGUCUCAACCACUUCGUGGAGUGCACUUUUUAUUCUGUACUCGAGCACGCAGCCACUCUGAAUUGUUAGCUGUUUGCAUAUACAUGAUUGAAGAUCUGUGACUUGCCCGAUGCAUGGUAGAGGCUGUUGGACCGCGUGGUCUUACCAGAUUUUAUCGAUAAUCAGUCAGUACAUCGUGUGUGAGGAUUGUUGUUGUUGUUGUUGUUGAUCGAUCCUUCCGGCUUGCCGGCUGUCAAAGUCAUCGGUUUCGAAAGACAAGAAAAAGGAAUCGUGACACAAAACAACAGCGAACCUUAGAGAUCGUAUUCGAAAUAUCUCGGUGUCAGUGUUGGUAGUGUUUGAGAGAGUGGUGGUGGUGGAAAAGACGAAGGAGAAACCGGGUGUGCAACGAAAGAGGGUUGUUAUGGGGCGAAGCUGUCGUCUGCUUGUACUUUCGCCGCUGUAUUUGCUGACUAUAUUCGGCUUUCUCGCAGCGGCUGAUGCUUUCUCCACUGACAGCAGGCCUUGUCCUUUAAAGCAAUUUCAAUGCACGAAUGGUAAAUGUAUACCAAGGCCGUGGGUCUGCGACUCAAUGGACGAUUGCGGUGACAAUUCCGACGAAACCAGCAAAUGCGAAGGUCCGCGCACGUGCGCCGACUCGGAGUUCAAGUGCGCCAACGAGAAGUGCAUACCCGGAACCUGGCACUGCGAUGGCGAGGAUGAUUGUCACGAUAGCUCUGACGAGGAUCCAACGGUCUGCAGGUCGAAACAGUGCAGCGAAACGGAGUUCGAGUGCAGCCCUGGGAGGUGCAUACCGAAAACCUGGCUGUGCGAUCUUCAGCACGACUGCAGCGAUGGGUUGGACGAGAAAAAUUGCCGCAGGAUGAAGAAUUGUACGGCGGAUCAGUUCACGUGUCACUCGGGGAACGGCGAGUGCGUGGCACUCGCGUGGAUGUGCGACGGCCAUUCAGACUGUUCGGACGGUUCGGACGAGGCUGAGUGCAACGACACUUGUCGAUCUGACGAGUUUACGUGCGCAAACAAGCGAUGUAUCCAGAGAACGUGGGUGUGCGACAGCGACGACGAUUGUGGAGACGGCAGCGACGAGGAAGAUUGCAAACCGGUCACCUGUGGUCCGUCAGAAUUCGCCUGCUCCAAGAAUUAUUGCAUAACGUCUCGAUGGAGAUGCGACGGUGAUUUCGAUUGUCCAGAUAAAAUCGACGAAGUUGGAUGUAAGUAUUCGAACGGCGAACGACCAAGCCAUUGCAACAAGGACGAAGACUUCGACUGUGACGACGAUUUCACGUGCAUACACAAAAGCUGGGUGUGCGACGGCGAAAGAGACUGCCCGAACGGGGCCGACGAGUUGCCAACACGGUGUCACAACGUUACAUGCAGGCCGGAUCAAUUCCAAUGCGGGGAUCAUCGUAAUUGUAUAUCAGGCCACUUGUAUUGCAACGGUAAAGCAGAAUGCGUAGAUGGCAGCGACGAGAGAAAUUGCACGGGCAAAACCACCGUUUGCGAUCCGUCGACGCAAUUCGAAUGUAGCGAGGGCUCGUGUAUCCCUCUUUCCAGCGUGUGCAACAAACACCGUGAUUGUAUCGGUUGGGAGGACGAGAACGAGGAACUUUGUGGCGUGAACGAGUGUUCCAAGAACAACGGUGGAUGUUCGCAAAUUUGCAUCGAUCUGCCGAUCGGCUUCCGGUGUGAUUGUAACGCAGGAUACAGGCUCAUUGACAAUAGGACUUGCGAUGAUAUAGACGAAUGCUUGGAACCAGGCACCUGUUCCCAGUUCUGUUUGAACGAAAAGAGCAGUUUCAAGUGCAGCUGUGCCCCGGGUUACCUCAAAGAUCCCAGGAACCACACUCGUUGCAAGGCGGCAGAAGGUCACGCCAGUCUGCUCUUUACCAGAAGGCACGAUAUAAGGAAAGUUGCACUGGAUCGUUUGGAGAUGACGGAUAUAGUGAAAAACACGAAAAUGGCCGCGGCCUUGGAUUUCGUUUUUCGCACCGGUAUGAUCUUCUGGAGCGACAGCAGCGAAAAGAAGAUCUAUAAAGCUCCGAUAGACGAAGGCAACGAGCGUACAGUUGUAAUCGACGAUGGUUUAACUACAUCGGACGGACUUGCCGUUGAUUGGAUAUAUAGUCAUAUUUAUUGGACCGAUUCCAAGAAGAGUACCAUAGAACUGGCUAAUUUCGAGGGUAAUAUGAGGAAGACGUUGAUUCGAGAUCGGGUACAAGAACCUAGAGCGAUAGCUUUGAAUCCACUGGAGGGAUGGAUGUUUUGGACCGAUUGGAGCGACGAAGCCCGCAUAGAGAAAGCGGGCAUGGAUGGAUCUCAUCGAACGGUGAUAGUCGACAAUGACGUACAGUGGCCAAAUGGGCUGACUCUGGACUUAAUUGGCAAGAAAAUAUACUGGGUAGACGCAAAGUUAAAUAUAAUUGGAUCGUGUAAUUACGAUGGUUCAGGUGUACGAACGGUUCUCUAUUCUCCGGAAGUAUUGAGGCAUCCCUUCAGUAUUACGACGUUCGAAGACUACGUUUAUUGGACCGACUGGGAUAAGGAGGCGAUAUUUAAAGCAAAUAAAUUUACCGGUGAAUCGGUCGGACCUGUUACAUCUCUUCGAACUCUGAAAUAUCCAAUGGUCGUUCACGUAUAUCAUCCGUACAGACAACCAGACGGAAUGAAUCAAUGUCAGGCUGUGAAUGGUCAUUGCAGUCAUUUGUGUUUACCAGCACCAAGAAUCAAUUCGAAAUCGCCUCUUCUUAGUUGCGCUUGUCCGGACGGCCUAAGAUUGUUACCCGACGGUUUGAUGUGCGUGGAAAAAGUAAGUACAACUGUAGCACCUACAACGCAAGAAAUUAGUAAACCAUUCAAGAGACUCGAACCUCUCAACGUAACCACGGCUGUCCAUCCAACGCAUUCAACAGAUGGAGAUGGCAAAGGUGGUCUAGCGUCUGAAUCCACAGACCCUGGUUUAGUCGCUGGGAUAGUGAUAGGCGUGGCGUCCUUCGGGCUGUUACUCCUCGCAUCAGUAGCAUUAUUAUGCUAUAGGCAUUACCUUCAUCGUAAUGUAACGAGUAUGAACUUUGAUAAUCCUGUGUAUAGGAAAACCACAGAAGAUCAAUUUAGUCUCGAAAAGAAUAGGUUUCCACUCCCCACUGCUACGGUUGGAGAAGAGGCUCAGGAACCUUUAACGAGUCCUGGAACUAAUGAUUACGUUUAAGAAUGAAUCUGUCAAUGAAACGGGCUUAGCAGGCUAUUGAAAUAUAAUGUCGACCAAGUAACACAAAAAUCAUGUACAAAAAAAAAAAAAAAAA